GAAUGACAGCUCAGUCAGGAAUGUUGACAGAGGGUUCCACCCAUUCCCCCGGUCUUCCUGAAUUAUCGGGGGGUAUUUAGUAGAAUGGUGGUCUUUUAUCCAAACACUAGCAAUUGGAACAGGCAAGAGAAAGGCCGAACAAAUAGAGAAACUGGUAUCACCGUGAAGAGGCGAUAUCAGCGAUGUCAGGCAGACUAUCCAAACUCUCACCUGAAAAGCAAAUUUCUGACUGCUUUGGCCUGAUGGUGCAGUCCCACAUUAAUGUGGAGAAUUUUCUGUUACCAACAAUUGCAUCCAUCACCGUUUUAAGUGACCUCGUGAGACAGGUCAGAAAAAUAAAUGAUGUUAAACUGAAGCAAAGCAGCUCAGACAAGAAAUCCCUGUUUUCAAAUCCAGAGUCUUUCAAGAGCUGCCUGAUGAAGAUUUGCAAUGAAACCAUAAACUCACUUGAUGCGACCAGCAAUAACCUGCGUAACAUCCAGAGAAGUUGUAAACAACUGAAGGGGAGUCUUCAAGCACAACCCUCCGCCAAGCAACUGGCCAGAGUUAAGGUCUGUGUAGAUCAGUGCAAGGAAAAUGCAGCUUCAGUGGAACAGAGACUCUCUGAGCUGAGUGGUCUUUACAAUGAGCUGCUGGAAAUGUGUGAAGCUUCCCAGAUUGCCAGCCAGGAUCAACUGGGAGAAAUAAGGAAACUCCUGGAAAAAAACAGAGAAAGGAAGAAGGCAAUAGAGCAAGAGAAGAUUGAUUUGGAUAAGAAAUGGAGUGAGGUUUCCCAAGAGCAUGAGCAACUCCUCAAUAAAUACAAUGAUGUGAGCUCCAGUGCUCAAGUUGAUGAGUUUUGUGAGGAAGGACUGAAGAAGAUGAUGGUGAUGAUCCCAGAAAUUAUGGAUCUGUUGAGUAAUCUGAGCAACCCAUUGCAGCUUGCAGUGAUGCUGGCGAAAGGGUUAAUGUUCCUCAUAACGCUGAUUAAUAAUUUCAAAAAUAAAAAAGCCUCAGAAUCCAACUUGGAAAUCAGCGAGUUCCUCAGCGAGGUUCGAGAACAAGCAGAACUGAAGAUCCAGCAAGUCCGAGCUGAGCUGGAGAAGUCACAAGACAAGUACAAAGCCUGUUCUGAAGAGAUGAAACGUUUGGAUGAAGAGAGUGAGCAAUUAUCGAGAGAGAUACAGGACACUCAGACCCAGGAGGAGUCUGUCAAGACCAAUCUCCAGCUGAUGGUUGAAGGCCUGAAGGUACUCGGGAAGGUCCAAUCCAACUGGGCAGACAUGAUCAAAUUCAUUCAAUUGGUCCCCAAGUUAACUGAAAGCUGCCUGAGCACAUUUACAAAGUUUGGUGCUGGGGGUGAAGCAGGCUCACAGCGUGCUGCAGAGAUAUUAGCCAGCAAUCAGAUCCAGGUGUCCCAGGCAGUCAGUAUCUCAGACAGCGUGGGGGCUCUGUCUGAAACCUACGUGCAGAUUUAUCAGGAUCACCUUAAAGAGCCACUGGGUGAGCUGAGCUCAUUGCUGGGUGGACAGGGCUCAGACGACACGUUUAAGGGGAUUCAGAGAAAAUGUGAAGCAGCAAAACAGGCAGCACGGAGCAAAGUCACUCAGAAUCAAGAGGAGUUCACCAAGAAUGGAGAAGAAGCUAUUAAUAAACUUCCUGAUUUGCUGAAAUAAGAAAGUUAAUCCACAAAAUAGGAACAGGAGUUGACCAUUUGCCAACCUUUAACCCCCCAGAUCCUGUUCCACCAAUCAAUGUGCUGAUUGAUGAUCUCCCACUUCCAUCCAUUGUCCUGUCUGCUUCAAUAUCAUGACCUUCAGUCACACUGAGGAGACACCUUGUAUGUGGUUCUGACACCUUCUGCAAAGAUGAUAUUGCAUUUCCUGUAAGAGCAUACCCAGACCCCUUUGAAUAUGAACAUUUACAAAAUUCACAGAUUUUGAACAAAUUCUUUCCUAUUUUCAAAGCUCCUUCAUCUGUCACAUUUUUGCCCAUUCAUUAACCUGUCUACAUCUCCUCGCAGCCUCUCUGCCUUCACAAUUUACAAUCCUGCCUGGUUAAAUAAUUAUCAAUUUCACAUUCUGAUAUUUGUUUUUACAAAAGAACUUAAUUUAUAUAAUGCCUUUCAAAACUACAUUCCUCCCAAAGUGCAUUAAGUUGCACAUACAAAUGGCAUUCAUACCAGUGUGAUUUCAAACAAUGGGAGAUGAUCUUCUUGAAAUGUUUCUGAUCCUGAGCAGGUCUUGACAGGACAGAUUCUGAAAGGAUGUUUCAUCUCCUGGAGAAGUCUAGAAACUGGGGAGCUGAUUAAAACAGGGCUCUGGUUUGGAACAGAGCUGAGGAGGAAUUUAUUCUUUGAGGAUUUUUGGAAUUCUUUAUUCCAAAGAGCAGUGCAGUCUGGCUCACUGAACUGAUUUAAGACUGAGCUAAAACAGAGUUUUGCUCAAGACCAAAGUAAAUGUCAUAGGGGAGAGACAGGAGACAGCAGACAAAUCCAAAAUCUGAUCAGACCUGAUCUUAGGAAGUCAUGAAGCAACUCAAAGGGCCAAGUGGCCCACUCUGGCUCCAAUUUCUUGAGAUGUUGUGAAUUUAGAAGUAAGUUAAAAUGUUGGGAUUUUAAAACCUACCUAAGAGGGCAGACGUUUUACUGUCUCAUUGCAGCACUUCCUCAGUACUGACCCUGUGACAGUGCGGCACUCCAUCAACACCGACCCUGUGACAGUGCGGUACUCCCUCAGUACUGACCCAUUGACAGUGCGGUACUCCCUCAGCACUGACCCUCCAACAGUGUGGCACUCCCUCAGCACUGACCCUCUGACAGUGCAGCACUCCCUCAGCACUGACCCUCUGAUAGUCCAGCUCUCCCUGAGCACUGACUCUCUGACAGUGCGGCACUCCCUCAGCACUGACCCUCCAACAGUGCAGCACUCCCUGAAAUCUGACCCUGUGACAGAGCAAUACUCCCUCAGGACUGACCCUCUGACAGUGCGGCACUCCCUCAGUACUGACCUUGUGACAGUGCAGUACACAUUUUUUAUUCAAAUCAUUUAUAAGUAUAACAAACAAAGAUCCCAGCACUGAUCCUUGCUGUACACUACAGGUCAUAGACCUCCUGUCAGAAAAACACCCCUCCACAACUGCCCUCUGUCUUCUGUGAUCAAGCCAGUGUUGUGUAUAACUUACCAACUGUCUGUGGAUCCCCUGUGAAUCAAUCGCCUGGACUAGCCUACGAUGGGGGUUCUUGGGUUUGUAGGUUUAGGGAUACUUGGAUAGUUAAUUUUAAAUAGUUCAAUAAAAGAUGAGGAACAUCUUCUUUAACAUGGUAAAUCUUGGAAAUCACGUCAUUUCAGGUAAUUGUUGGUACUGGUCAGAAAAGAUACCUGACUGUGUUUGAAGCUGGGUUUUAUGCCUGUUCUAUCUGAACAAUGUUUUACUAUCUUGGAUUUUCAGUCAGGGAAAGUCCUGGAAUAAGGGAGCUGCUGUCUGUUUCUGCAGCAGCUUUGUGCUGAAUCCCAUGAGUCACCUGAUUGCCUUUGAAAAGUCAUCGGAAAAAAAUCCUUGAUUCUGUUUCCUGAGCAGGAGAGGUCCCAGAGGCACCUGCCCAGACUGGGCUCCAUGUGCCAGGUCAAUCCCAUCCUGCACUGCCCACAAGGCUGAGUACUCUGCCCCUUACUGUCCUCCUCUAUACUCACCACUGUGUUGCUAAAUUCUGCUCAAACUCCAGUUACAGAUUUGCUGAUGACACCACUGUAACAGGUCAGAUCUCCAACAACAGCAAGACAGAAUACAGGAAGGAGAUAGAGGGCACAGCGACGUGGUGUAAAGGGAACAAUCUCUCCCUCAACACCAGCAAAAGGAAGGAGCUGGUCAUUGACUACAGGAAGUGAAGGGGAGGACACCCCCCUGUCUGUAGAUAUGUGGCUGAGGUGGAGGUGGUUCCUAAAUGUCACCAACAAUCUGUCCUGGUGCAUCCACAUCAAUGCAACGGUCAAGAAAGUUCAGCAACGUCUCGACUUCCUCAGGAGGUGAAGGAAAUGCAGCAUGCCCACAAGAACUCUGACCGAUAUUUACAGAUGUACCCCGGACAGCGUCCUAUCCAGAUACAUCACAGCUUGUUACAGCAACUGCUCUGCCCAAGACCACACAAGAAACUACAGAGAGUUGUGAACACAGCCCCAGUCCAUCAGGCAGACCCGGCAUCCAUCCAUUGUCUCCGUCUAUGCUUCCCCCUCCCCCGGGAAAGCAGCCAACAUCAUCAGAGACCCCUCACAGUUGAGACUGUGUUGCUGGAAAAGCGCAGCAGGUCAGGCAGCAUCCGUAGAUCAGGAGAAUCGAUGUUUCGGACAUAAGCCUUUCCCCAGGAAUGGGACCCCUCACAGCCUGCUGAUACUCUCUUCCAGCAUCUUCUAUCGGGCAGAAGAUACAAAAGUUUGAAAACGUACCAACAAGACCAGCUUCUCCCCCACUGUUAUCAGACUUAGGAAUGGCCCUCUCAUGGAUUAGAGUUGACCUUUCUCUGUCGCUGUAACACAAUAUUCUGCAUUUGUUCUGUUUUCCCCUGGUGUAAUUAUGUAAGGUAUGGUUUUGGAUCGUGUGCAGUAUAAUACUUUUCACUGUAUCUUGGUACAUGUGACAAUAAUCAAAUCAAAUCAAGUCAAACAAACCUGAACAUCCCAAAACCUUUUGUUCACCUUUGAGAACUAAAAUUUAUUGGCCAGUGUGUAUCAUCUCAAAAUGAAUCUUUGCAGUGGGAAAUUUAUUUUUGCCUCUUUUCACACUGUGAAAAAACAUGUAUUUGUGUCUGUGCUCCUGAGUUUAUUUCGAGAAUAAAACAUUUGUAUUUUCAUCUAACAAACUGUAUGUUAACCAA